AUGGUAGCUUUAAGGUUAAGGAAAGGUUCUAUGGUUUUGAGAAUGUUUAGUUUUCGCCAGCAGCGCCAGCAGCGCCGCCAGCGCCGCCAUGUUCAAUUGUCAAAAUCUAUCCACCGACCUGGCCUGAAGCCCGUUGAUAAGAGCAAUUCCAGCUAUACCGGCAUACUAGACGAGGGAAAGCCCUUCGCGCUCGCGGAAACCCCAUUGCCAGAGGAGUCUCCUUGGCGCGAAGCUUUGAGCCCUGGCUGGAGUAUCGGCUUCCAAAACAUGGCUGGGCCUAUGCCUUCCACUUCCUACCCGCGACCGCCCCCGCGGCCCCUCAUCGAUUAUGUCACAAAUGGCUGGAUGACCGCAGAACAGAAACACAGCAACUUGGGGCCAAAUUCGAAGGCUGGCGGCUCUAACUACUGUCCUGCGAGCAUGAAAGGCCUCCUCAUCCUCGCCAGUGCGCCUCGACUCCGUCGUUACAUCAUCGUGUAUCUUAUUCUGCUGUGGAUAUGUCUGGGUAGUUGGAUUAAGCUGGUUUCUCCUCGCUUAAGGGAGCAUAAUGACCUGUUAAGGGCUCUAGACCCGAAUUUUGGAGAUGGUCUUAGGGGUUGGUUUGGUUUGAAUUCCAUGCCCAAAUUCAACGACCUCGUAUAUCUGAGAUCGUUGGAUCCUACGUUGCUACCUGGAGAGAAAGAACCUACUGCGGAUAACCCGCACAAAAAGAGGCUUAUUGUGAUAGGCGAUGUUCAUGGCUGUUUGGAUGAAUUGGAAACCCUUUUACAAAACGUCAAUUUCGAGCCCAGACAAGGAGAUCAUUUAAUUUUCACAGGCGACCUGAUAGCGAAGGGACCUAAGAGCACAGGAGUCGUUGAUCUCGCUCGCAAAUUCCAUGCCUCCUGUGUCCGAGGAAACCAUGAAGAUCGUGUCCUUCUUACCCGCCGCCAUAUACAGGCUGAGGCUUCAACCAAAAGUGAACGUUCUGCUGCGGAAGAGCCAGACCAAAUAGACGACGACAUAGAACCUGCAAAUAGGGAACGUGCCCUUGCGAACGAAUUGACUGAUGAACAGGCAAAAUGGUUGGACGCGUGCCCUGUGAUGUUGAAAGUGGGGUUUAUAAAACACAUGGGUGAGGUAGUGGUCGUGCAUGGUGGCCUUGUUCCAGGCAUUGACUUGGAAAGCCAAGAUCCCUCCACCGUCAUGAGUAUGCGGACCAUCGAUAUCUUUAGCCAUGUUCCUAGCGCAUCGUCCAAGGGUGUUUCUUGGACAAAGCUGAUUUUUGCACUAAUUCCCUUUCUCGUUGCGAUUUAA